AUGUCACAAGCCACCACCAAUACUAAUCCCACUCCUGAUAAUAUUUCUCAAAGAGAAAGACGUAGAAUAUUAUUAAAAGAAAUUGAUAAUGCAAAAUUUGGAUGGUUUCAUAUUAGAGCUUGCAUAGUUUCAGGAAUAGGAUUUUUCACUGAUGCUUAUGAUUUAUUCGCUAUAAACAUAGUCUCUACAAUGUUGGCAUAUGUUUAUUUUGGAACAAUUACUUUGCCUGGUAAUUUAGAUACAGGGUUAAAAAUUAGUGCCGCUGUUGGUACUUUAGUUGGUCAAUUGUUAUUUGGUUGGUUGGCUGAUGUCCUUGGUCGUAAAAAGAUGUAUGGAGUUGAAUUAAUAAUAAUGAUUGUUGCAACUUUCGGAUCUGCAAUUGCUUCCAAUUCUUUUGCUGUUUCAGUUAUAGGCCUUAUCAUAUUUUGGAGAGUGAUUUUAGGUAUUGGAGUUGGUGGCGAUUAUCCUCUUUCUGCAGUUAUAACUAGUGAAUUUGCAACUACAAAAAGAAGAGGUGCUAUGAUAGCAGCAGUAUUUGCCAUGCAAGGAUUUGGAAUUCUUGCUUCAGCAUUGAUUUCAUAUAUAACACUGCUUGGAUACAAAUCUUACAUUGAAGCAAACAUCCAAGCGCUAGAUUAUUGUUGGCGCAUAGUUAUUGGACUUGGUGCAGUUCCUGCCUUUGUGGCACUUUAUUACCGUUUGACUAUACCAGAAACACCUAGAUUUACAAUUGAUAUCGAGGGAAAUUAUGAUCAAGCAUCAAAAGAUGUUACUACUUACAUACCAAAACCCGAGGAUGAUAAUACUGUUAGUGAAACAACAACUGUAGCUGAAUCACAAGCUAUUAAUCAACCUGACUCAACAUCAGAAAAAAAAUCGUCAAAUUUUUACACAUGGGGUGAAUUUUGGAGUCAUUUCGGUCAAUGGAAACAUGGAAAAGUUUUAUUAGGAACCUCAUUGUCUUGGUUUGCAUUGGAUGUGGCAUUUUAUGGUCUUGGGUUGAAUAAUGCAAUUAUAUUGGAUGCUAUAGGUCUUUCAAGUAAGACUGAUGAUGAAUUCACUGGAUUGGCAAAUAUUGCUCUUGGAAACGUUGUAAUAACCUUAUUGGGUACCAUACCUGGUUAUUGGGUUACCGUUUUUACUGUUGAUAAAAUUGGUAGAAAAACAAUACAAUUGCUUGGUUUCACUAUGUUAACCAUACUUUUUAUCAUACUUGGAUUUGGUUAUCAUGCCAUACUUGAUAAAUCUGUAGUUUUAUUCAUUGUACUUUUUACUUUAUCUCAGUUCUUCCAAAAUUUUGGACCAAAUACUACAACAUUCAUAAUACCAGGUGAAGUAUUUCCAACAAAAUAUAGAUCAACAGCUUUUGGUAUUUCAGCAGCAUCUGGAAAAUUUGGUGCCAUAGUGGCACAAAUUGGCUUCUUUCAAUUGAAAGAUAUUGGUGGAAAAAACGCCUUUAUUCCACAUUUAUUUGAAAUAUCUGCAUUAAUUAUGUUUAUCGGAUUAUUGGCUACAUUUUUAGUACCUGAAACUAAAGGAAUAAGUUUGGAGGAUUUGGCAGGUGAAAAUGAUGACACCAUGUUAGAGUUGUUAGUCGAAAGGUAUAGUUUCGACAAACAUUUAGGCAUUUCGACUGUCGAAAUAUAUUCGAUAAGGUCACUUGAUUUGCCGUAA